AGCCCUAAAAAAUUUAGUUCCAGUUACUAAUUUUGAUGCCAUUAAAGAAAGUGGGAUAAGUCCAGUUCACUCAGCUGCAGCAGGUGCACAUCCUCAGUGCCUUGAGUUUCUCCUCAAAUCUGGGUUUGAUGCCAAUUUUAUGCUGGAUCAAAGAGUUCGCAAAGGCUACGACGACCACCGGAAAUCAGCAUUGUACUUUGCUGUUUCCAACGGGGAUAUCUGUUCAACACAGUUGCUGUUGAAUGCUGGAGCCCUGCCAAACCAAGAUCCCAUCAACUGUCUCCAAAUAGCCUUGAGAAUGGGCAACUAUGAGUUAAUGAAUCUACUGCUCCGCCAUGGGGCUAAUGUCAAUUACUUCUGCAGAGUCAAUACAACGCAUUUUCCAUCAGCUCUACAGUAUGCUCUGAAAGAUGAAGUCAUGUUAAGAAUGCUGAUGAACUAUGGGUACGAUGUGCACCGCUGCUUCGAUUGCCCUCAGGGAAGCAGUUCUCAUUCCCAGUAUGUGACUGAUGGAUGGACUUCCACCGUUAUCAAAGAUGCGAUGUUCUGUGAAGUGAUAACUUUGUCAUGGUUGAAGCAUCUGUCUGGAAAAGUAGUGCGAGUAAUGCUAGACUACGUCGAUCAUGUUAAUAUCUGCUGGAAGCUAGAAGCGGUUCUCAAAGAACAGGAACUCUGGCCAGAUAUCAAUUUGAUUUUAACAAAUCCUCGCUCUCUGAAGCAUCUUUGUCGUCUGAAGAUACGGGAAUGCAUGGGCCGGUUGCGCCUCCGUUGUCCUGUCUUCAUGACCUUCCUUCCACUGCCAAACUGCUUAAAAGACUACAUACUAUACAAGGAAUAUGAUCUUUAUGGACAGAAAAACAUCAUAGGAACCUACAACCUCAGCUGUACAUAA